AUGAUCCCAGCGAUCCCUCACGCUGCCCGCGCGUGCGCGUGCGGGCCCGCGCGCGAGUCGCACCUCGCCUCGCGGAAAAUUAAUGAGAUAGUCCUGAGUCUGAGAUGGCCCCUGAAGGACAGAAAAAGGAGAGGCGAGCUCUGCGGGCGUGUAUCCGUGUCACAGAUGGCGGCGGCGGCGGGGGGUGGGGGGUUAUAUUUAGUCUGGAUUGGGGUGGUCUGCCUGCGCUCCCUGACGAGCAAGCCGCCGCGUCGGGUUUCAGUAGGCCUCCGAAAAGGCAGGAGAGUCUCGCAGCUGGCCGGCUCCCCCCGGGGGAGGAAUCUCCAGAGAGGGGCACUGGAUGCAGAGCCUCCGUGUCAGGGCCUCGGCCUCACUGUCAGCGGCUUGUCGCGGCAAAUGAUGCCUCCUCCGCUCACAGGGCUUUGCGCGCUCUCCCAGGGCGCCGGAAUGCGGAGCAGGUGGCAGAGGCCGCGCCGCGUCCUCGCCAGCAUAUUCUGUCAUUGCGCCGUCUAUUAUUUUGCUGACCUUCAGGGCCGCUCGGAUGACGACCCAGGGCUUUAUUGGGAAUUCUAUGGCAGCGCUGUGUGCGAGUCUCACGAAGAGGGCGGCUUCUUCGACAUCCUGGCAGACCCCCCGGGCCCCGACGACGAGGACGAGGAGGACAAGAGGGAGGUGUUUGAGUUCGAGUUCUCCGACCGACCUCUGCUGCCCUGCUACAACAUCCAGGUGUCCCUCUCACAGGGACCGAGAAACUGGCUGCUGCUGUCGGACGUGCUCCAGCGGCUGCGCAUGUCCGCCCGCGCCUUCCGGCAGGCCUUCCCCCACAUGGAGGUGGUGACGGUGGCCGAGGCGGAGUUCUACCGGCAGGCGUCCCUGUCGCAGCUCUUCUCCUGCCCGGAGGAGCUGGAGGGCUUCCACCCGGACAGCAAGGAGCUGCUGGACCUGGUGGAGGACAGCGCCGAGCUGGCCGCGCUGCUGGGCUCAACACUGGAGUGUCUGGACGACCGCUGGGACCACCCAGGGGACAAACUUAAAGACAAGAUCAAGGCGGUUUGCAAGUUGGCUUCGUCCUGA